CGGUGGGCCAGUCUGGCUUGCGUUGCCAUACGUAGAGUACGCUGAAUAUUCGGACACAAUUUGCUUAUGGACGUUAGUAUUUCCGAAAAGUGUUGAGUAUGGCUGAAACCAUCGAGGAAGAGUACGAGACAGAAUUUACAAAGAAGACCGUCAGCAGGACUAGUUUUAAGAUCCAGGAGACGAAAUCAUCCACAACCACAACUGUCGAAACAACACCUGCGAAACUUUACGGAAAAGAUCCAAGUGUUUACGAUGACAUCGACGUGGAUGACCUACUGUCACAACUCACAGAAGAUGAAAUUAAUAUGUUGGCAAAAGAAGUGGACCCAGAUGACUCCAUGGUGCCUCCAUCGCAGAGAUGCGGCUACGAAUGCGACAAAGAUCCCACCGGGCCCGUGGACCGGAACCAACUGAUCACAUUCAUAAACACGAAGGCCCUAGAGACACCAGACCUGCCCGAGAAUGAGCCCUUCGAAUUGGGAAAAGUGAGGGGAAAAAAGUGGAUUCCCCCAGCAGCACCAAUCAAAGAGCAAGAAGCUGAUGAACAAGUUGCCAUAGAUUUGGGCAGCGAAUAUGAAAACGCUUUGGCCAAAGCUUCAGAGGAAGAAAUCAUCGAUUUGGCUGCUAUUUUGGGUUUCCACUCGAUGAUGAAUCAAGAUCAGUAUUAUGCGUCCCUCCUUAACAAAGGACAACCUGUUGGCUUAGGCUGGGAUGGCAUCACGAAGUCUUCGAAACUAAAGAAUUAUCCGAAAGAAGGUCCCAACGACACAGACAUCAAAAAAGUUCUAGCUGAUUUGGAGGACGACCAUCCGGAUCUUGUGGAAGUCAACCUCAACAACAUCAAGACAAUCUCAGAUGAGAACUUUGCCAGCUUGUUCAAAGCACUGGCGGACAACACAUACGUGCAAUCCUUCUCUUUAGCCAACACAGGACUAACAGACAAUCAGGCUGCGCAGCUGAUCGAAGCGGUGAAGAAGAACAACACCUUGAAAGUGUUGAACGUGGAAUCAAACAUUUUAUCUCCUAGAUGCAUAGUGCAACUUAUUGAAGCACUACUUGCCACUAAAUCCAUCGAAGAGUUCAGAGCCUCAAACCAGAGGAAUUACAUAUUAGGAAACAAAAAUGAAAUGGAGAUUACUGAGCUGAUUGAGAAGAAUCCUGCAAUUGUAAGGUUGGGUUUGCAUUUAGAAUAUAACGAUGCUCGCAACAGAAUCGCUACGCAUCUUCAGAAAAAUAUUGAUACAAAUCGACGAAUAUCAAAAUAUUUGAUCACUAUCGGUUCCAAUAACAAAUCAGUCACAAUCACAAGACAAUCUUAAAUUUAGAAAAGAAACAACAAUUCAACAUCGAUUUAAACUUUAUAGUCAUCGACAGAGACCACGUAUCAAUUAGAGGUUAUGCGAUACAUCGUCACAAAUAUUGGAACUUUCUGUAUCAUAUUAACCAAUUAACUUAUAGUUUGUUUUAGAAUUAAUGUAUGUUGUAUAUAUUUAAAUAAAUUUUCAUGUACUA